AUGGGUCAGGUGGAAAAGAACGGGUGAUUGGUUUAUGAUCCGCCAUCCUCUCUCCUGAUUGGACAGAAAGGUGUGAGAAAGAAAAAGAGGGCGAGAGGAAGAGAGAGAGAGAGAGAGAGAGAGAGCGGAGAUCCAACAGUAGUCUGUCCGCUUCAGUCCCUGCUGACUCUGCCGGUGCAGCACACACUCACACACACUGAGGGCUGAGAUGUGACUGGAAACCAGAGGAAUACAGCGUGUUUCUGUGGGAUUUUUCUGUCAGCCGGAUAAUGGGAGAGGGCAGGCGCGGAGUCAUCUUCGCCAUGCCGGCCACUUGGGUUGCAGGGCUGCUCUGUGUGAUGACUUCGGUGUGCGCAGUGGAAGAGACAGUGAUGGAUACAAGGACAGCGACAGCUGAGCUUGGCUGGAUAUCGUUCCCUGCCAAUGGAUGGGAGGAAGUGAGUGGGUAUGAUGAGAACCUCAACACCAUCAGGACAUACCAGGUGUGCAAUGUGUUUGAGCCCAGCCAGAACAACUGGCUCCUCACCACUUACAUCGACCGGCGGGCGGCCCAGCGCAUCUACGUGGAGAUCCGCUUCACCGUUCGUGACUGCGCUUCCAUCCCAAGCGUCCUGGGCUCCUGCAAAGAGACGUUUAACCUGUACUAUCUGGAGACCGACAGGACCGUGUCAGAGGGCAUCAAAGGGGUGGAGUACUGGGCCAAUGCCCCCUUUCUUAAGGUGGACACCAUCGCAGCUGAUGAGAGUUUCUCCCAGGUUGAUUUUGGGGGGAGGCUGAUGAAGGUGAACACGGAGGUUCGGAGUUUCGGGCCGCUGUCCAAAGGCAGAGGGUUCCACUUGGCCUUCCAGGAUCUCGGCGCCUGCAUGUCCCUCCUGGCUGUCAGGGUAUUCUACAAAAAAUGUCCAAGCAUAGUGCAGAACUUUGCUUUUUUCCCAGAGACACUGACUGGAGCAGAGUCCACCUCCUUAGUCAUCGCUCGGGGAAGUUGUAUCCCCAACGCCGAGGAAGUCGACGUGCCCAUAAAGCUCUACUGUAACGGAGAUGGAGAGUGGAUGGUACCCAUCGGCAGCUGCAGCUGCAAGGCGGGUUAUGAACCAGACAACGGCAAUGUGUGUCGAGCUUGUCCUCAGGGCACCUUCAAGUCGCUCCAGGGGGCAGGAUUAUGUCAGCAGUGUCCGCUCAACAGUCGCUCCACCAUCGAGGCCGCCACCCUCUGUGGUUGUCGGAAUGGCUAUUACCGCGGAGACAUGGACAAACCGGAGGACAUGUGCACCAGUGUCCCCUCGGCUCCUCGCAACGUGGUCUCAGUCGUCAACCAGACAUCAGUGCUGCUCGAGUGGCACCCACCACGUGACACCGGGCACCGUGACGACCUCUCAUAUAACGUCUUAUGCCGCCGGUGCCACAGCAACGAGCGCCGGGCAUGUCAGCCGUGUGACGACAGCGUGGCGUUCGUUCCAGGCAAGCGAGGAUUAAAGCAAACCAGGGUGGAGAUCAGCAAGCUGAGGGCUCACACAUCAUACACCUUCGACAUACAGGCAGUCAACGGAGUCUCCAACAGGAGCCCUUAUCCCGCCCAGCAACUGUCAAUCAACAUUACAACCAAUCAGGCUGCUCCUUCAGCAGUUCCCAUAAUGCAUCAAGUGAGCUCAACGAGCCGCAGUUUCUCGUUGUCAUGGCCACCGCCCGAACAGCCCAACGGAAUCAUCCUCGACUACGAGAUACGAUACUAUGACAAGGCCCAGACGUCACUGAACAGCUCAGUCGUCCAAAGCGAAACACCCAACGUUGUCCUGGAGGGCCUGAGGCCGGGGACUGGCUACGUGGUCCAGGUGAGGGCCCGCACUGUGGCCGGCUACGGAGCCUACAGCAAGGACAUGCUCUUUAAAACACUCACCGACGAUGAGUAUAAGUCAGAGCUGGGACAGCAGCUCUCCCUGAUUGCAGGUUCUUUAGUGGGAGGAGUGUGUAUCGUCUCAUUGGUAGCUAUCGUCAUCAUCUGUACCAGAAGAAGGCAGUUGAAGGAGAGUGUGUACGGUGACAAGCUGCAGCAGUACAACACAGGAGAGGUGACUCUGAGGCCAGACAUGUUCAGUGGUCCCACCCCCACCGUGACCUUUCCCACCCUGUCUGAAGGCCACAGUUCACCAGGGGUCAAGAUCUACAUCGACCCCUUCACCUAUGAGGACCCCAACGAGGCUGUCCGGGAGUUUGCCAAGGAAAUCGACCCCUCCUGUGUCAAAAUAGAAGAAGUCAUUGGAUCAGGUGAGUUUGGGGAAGUGUACAAAGGCCGCCUGAAACCUGUCGGGAAAAAGGAAAUUCCUGUGGCCAUCAAGACCCUGAAGGUUGGCUACUCUGAGAGGCAGAGGAGGGACUUCCUGUCCGAGGCAUCGAUCAUGGGCCAGUUUGACCAACCGAACAUCAUCAGGCUUGAGGGCGUGGUCACCAAGAGCAGGCCUACGAUGAUCAUCACAGAGUUCAUGGAGAAUGGAGCUCUCGACUCAUUCCUCAGGCAAAAUGACGGGCAGUUCCCAGUGAUCCAGCUGGUUGGUAUGCUGAGGGGGAUCGCAUCUGGCAUGAGGUACCUUGCAGAAAUGAGCUACGUUCACCGGGACCUGGCAGCUCGGAACAUCUUGGUGAACAGUAACUUGGUGUGUAAGGUGUCUGACUUCGGCUUAUCACGGUAUCUAGAGGAGGACGCCUCUGACCCUACCUACACCAGCUCACUGGGUGGUAAAAUCCCGGUGCGGUGGACGGCCCCGGAGGCAAUCGCCUACAGGAAGUUUACGUCGGCUUCAGAUGUCUGGAGUUAUGGGAUCGUCACCUGGGAGGUGAUGUCAUACGGAGAGAGGCCUUACUGGGACAUGAGCAACCAAGAUGUGAUAAACGCCAUCGAGCAGGACUUCAGGCUGCCAGCUCCCAUGGACUGUCCAGUAGUGCUGCACCAGCUGAUGCUGGACUGCUGGCAGAAAGACAGGAACGCACGGCCAAAAUUCCCAGAUAUUGUCAGCAUGUUGGACAAAAUGAUACGCAACCCUGCGUCUCUCAAGGCCGGCACCAACAACGUCGUCCCUGGGCCUUCUCAUCACCCUUUGUUAGACCGUGGAGCUCCAGACCUGAGCCGGGUGAGCUCUGUGGAGGACUGGCUGGCGGCGCUGAAGAUGACCCAGUAUCGAGACUCCUUCCUGGGCUCGGGCUUCACUUCUUUGCCACUUGUCACACAAAUCACAGCCGAGGAUCUUCAGAGGAUCGGAGUGUCUCUAGCCGGACACCAGAAGAAAAUCCUGACCAGCGUUCAGUCAAUGAGGCACACCAUCGAUGACCAGUCUCCUACUGAAUCUGUGUAAACACACAACGCAGAGCUACAGUAUGAAACCUUUGACAAGUGAACAAGCAGGCUGUUGUUUUUACGCUUCUGUUUUACCAUCACUUCAGUUAGCUGAUGUUUUUAACAAUCACUGUGGCCGCGGUUUGUGUGUCAGCGUGGCCUCAGCAGUCACCCAGUCCCUCCUUCCCUUCAGUCACUGGACAGUCUUCUGUCAGUUAGCUUCCCAAAUUGAUUUAAACUGAAUGCCUCCUGGAGGAAAUUGAUUGCAGAGUUAGUGCAAGAGGGGAAACAAGGCAGACAUGGUUUGUAACUGGAAAAAAAAAAACAGAGUGUCUGGCCUUUUCUGUCUGACUGUACAGGGUACAAUCACAAACCCCCAUUCCCUCUCAACCAAAAUCUGCCUGCAAGAUAACUGACUUCCAUCACUGAAAUCUACAGACUUGAUUUUGCUGGCUUGACCACUUGAUUCAAGGACGUCACAGCCUGGUUUUUAUGUAAGGAUAAAUCACACAAACAUGCCACUGUGAAGAGGAAACUGACUGAACAGACUAUGAAGGGACACAAAGUGGGACAAAAGCCUGGAAAACAGUCUUUCAAACAGUGUCUCUGGAGACAAAACCCAUUGCAGGCUCCCCUCUAGGUUUGUUGAGACUACGUUAGUGUGUUGGUGAAAAUUGCUACCAUUUGAAUCCAGAAAGGAGCAGUUAAGUGGGACUUUAUCUUCAUAUUGAAGAGUCUGUACAUAUUAUGGGAUGUUUAUUUCCCACUUGCUCAUUUGCUUUCACUUUUGCCAACAGCUUCGAACAAUUAGUUGUCACUGGAGUAUUUGUGAGAUCUCUAUGAUUAUCUUCCUCUGCCUGACUUAUCGCUGGAACAAACUUUUAAGCGCUGUGGACUGCAGACAAAGACAAAAAAAAAGUAUCAUACUUCUAUUAUUUUUACUUUCCAUGCAGAAAAUGAAAGCAGCAAAGCCUGACCCACUUAACAUACUUCAUUCAGAAGGAACUCACAAUGGAUGAUGUUUUACAGUCAGCAGAAAUGCCCUCUGAGUAAAGGCCAUUAAACCAGAAACAGAAUGAGAUAAAGAAAUAUUAAACCAUAGCAGUGUAACAACUUUGCUCCCAAGCUUGAAAGCAAGGCAACUGCAUACUUGAAAGCAUACAAGAAGAAAGACUGCUUAAGAGACUGUGGGUAUUAAGUCAUUACCAGCUGUUGAGACCCACCUGUUGUGAACACACAGCAAUCUCAAAAGACAGAAAAAGGUAUUCUCGUCCAAUGUUCUUGUGAUUUGGCUGCAAAUCCUAAAGCUGUCUGUCAGUUGGGCAUUAAUACAAUGCAUGAACAAACCAGAAAUCCAAUUCUGGUGUACCGUUCACAACACAUGAAACAAAUUUCAGUUCUGUCAUAAGUGUGUGGCUGCCGUCCAGAUGGUAAUCAUCCCCCUACAGCAACAGGCAGGCAGGGGCCUUUGUAUUAACUCACCGGCUGCCGGACAUGUCUUUGUUAUCAGAGUCUGUUUUGACAGUCACAUUUCGCAAUUGACAGAACUGAUUAAUACUGUUGUGUGAGUUCCCAGAUUAAAUGACAUGACGUGACCUAUCGACGUUUCAAUAACGGGCCUUGCACAACAUCCAUUUACACGCAACAAAGACUGAUUCCUCAGACAUGUCAGGAGGAAAAGUCGUAACAAGAUAGUAAAAUACAAAACGCUUGGAGGGUCAGGAAGGAAAUUGCUAGCGUAUUUAUCCUGUUUUAGUGCUUAAAUGUAAUCUUUGACUCACUAGUCUCCACAAAAUAUGAUAUCAAACAGGCCUGAUCUCACUCUGGGGCGCACUGGCGGAGGAGCACUGGGAGAUCUCUUUUAUCUCAGCCACUGAGCAAAUUACGAGCUGUGAAACAACAGCCGCCUCCCUCCGCCUUCAUCCCCAAACCUCUGGUCAUGCGUGUGCACCCGCAUCUGAAGGAUUACCAGCCUGCAGCGCUGAUUGGAUGUCAUGAUUUUAGUUGUCAUCCGCUGAGAGCCAUGCUCACAAUGGCACAAGUGACAGUGUUCAGUUGUUUGUUUUCAACAUGUUUUAGUGCUGCAUGACUCUGACGUGUCCUACAGAGAACAAUGUGUUUGUGUUUGUCUCGCACCGCUGCUCUCCACCGCUGGACAGCCCAAAGUCUUUUUAUUUAUGAACGUUGUGACACCGAGAGGUCCGCAAAUAUUUGAAAACCACUUUUCGUCAGAAUUGCAUUUGCUGCCUGGCAACGAUAGCUUAUUGAACAUUUUAUCAGGAAGUAUUGAGAUCAACCCGGAGUGCGUCAGUGAUUCAGAGGCUUAAUUCGAUGUAAAUAGAUGCCACUGGAAAAACAGCUAUAGCACUGGCUCGGCGGUUUAACCAAGAGCGAGAUGAGGAGUGUGCCUAAAAGCUUAUAUUGAACGCCUCCUAAAAAAAAAAUGUCAUCAUAAAUGAAAGCUUCUGGCACAGGCAGGCGUCUUAAUGCAUUAUACAACAUCGUUAGCUAAGUGUGAUGUGUCUGUCCUUUGGUUCAUGUUUUUUUUCUGCUGUUUAAAAAGGUUAGAUGUGAGCUUUCAGAGGCAUUUCACAUGUUCUGUGUCAGUGUUUGUGAAAAGACAAAGAAAGCAUUAAUGAUCUUGUACUUAUACUAUGACGUGUCCUCGUCUGAGCACGAAUACACACAACAGAGAUGAAAUCUCAGGAACACAACAGAUGUGAGUUUUGUCCACACUGCUGCAUAAAAUGGGAUUGUUUAUUGGUAAAAUGUGCACUAUAUUUAAAAGAUUAAACGAAGAUUAAGUGCUUUAAGAGUUCAUGGAGGAAA